AUGACUGUAGCCGCAGAAAAGCCAACGAUUGUCAGAGUUGACGCUACAAACCCAGAAAUCACCCCAGAGAAGCUCGUCGAGAUUCUCGAGCGUGAUGGGGGUGUUAUUGUGGAGAACUUGAUUUCCCAAGAGCUUGCUGGUGAGAUCCGAAAAGAUCUAAAGCCGCUCUUUGAAAGAGAUAUUCCCGACAAGUAUGGGCUUUUCCCACCAACCACCCAGCGUGCGACGGGAUUAUUAGCUGAAUCGGAUGCAUGCGUUGAGUUGGUAUGCAACAAGCUAUUCACGGAUGUUGCCAACAUUAUGGUAUCCUCCUACCACACCAUGUGGAGAGGCGACCACCAGGUAACGAUCGGCGGCAAGCCCAUCCUAUCAGCUGCUCUCGGGUUUCGAGUAAACCCUGGGGGCAAACAACAGGUUCUUCACCGAGACGACAAUGAUCACCAUCCUAAACCAGGCGAGGCUCUUACAAUGAUCUCAUGUGUUACAGCCUUGACCAAGACAACGAAAGAGAAUGGUGCCACUGUUGCCAUUCCAGGCUCACACCUUUGGGGACCAGAACGUCGUCCACUAGAUGAAGAAGCUGUCCCAGUCGAGCUCGAAGUUGGGGGUGCACUUAUCUUCCUAGGAACUCUGUAUCAUGCAGGUGGCUCAAAUAUCACAAAGGACGAUUAUCGGGAGACCCUUGGAACCUUUUUAUGUAAACCUACCCUACGACCAACCGAGAACUUCUUCCUCGAAAUCCCGGUCGAGAGAGUGAGGCAGAUGAAGCCUCAAGCUCAACGCCUUUUGGGUUAUGGCGUUUGUGAGCCAGGUAUUGGAUUUAUGCACUACCAAGAUCCUAUGAGGGCCCUAUUCGGAGUUGAAGAUGAGGAAACCGUCGACAUGUAA